CCCAUAGUGAAUUGUACUUUUCAAGGCAGUUGAGGCAAAGGUUGAGGCUAUAUACCGGUGAACCAUUUGCCGAUAAGAAACUAAUUUGGAUAGUCAAAGUAUAUGAGGACUUUAAUGAGGUUUGCAGUGUUCUAGCAAUUUUAAUGGCAACGAUAACAUCGCCAACUGUGCUAUUUUUGCAGUCAAAAAUAUCAGAAGACAAGACAGAAAACCUGAUGGAGUAAUGUUGAACAGAUGGAAAAACCCUAUUAGUUAAAGUUCUGCUCAGUACUAAUGGUUCCCUCGGUUAUCUACUGUAAAAUUGACUGGGGAUAAUCCUGUUCAGUGCAUGCCUAAUUAAAAUAGGUGUAACAACUACAAACACCCUGGGGGGCAACUUCCUGUAAUGACCCCAUGAUGGGUGAAGAACCAAAAUCUGCAUAAGUACAAAUGGUAAGAGAUCGACAUGGCGGUCUGAUCCGGACGGAGAGGAAAAGGAAAAAGGACACCGCCGAUCAGAAAAGUAGUCGCUCUUCUUUUGAUCACAGAUCUCUUUACUUCUGCUUUGUGAUUGGAUGGCUUUGGAUCCUUAACGUAUGUAAGGUUUCCUGACCAGCAGCAAAUCCUUCUGUAGACUGUAGAGAUAUCUCACAACAUGGGAGAGAAGACCUACCUCCUCCUACUAUUACUUUUUGUAUUGGGACCUGUAGCAAGUGUCUCUCUGCCUCCGUUAAUACUAAAGUUUUUCAAUCCUGACUUUAACCAAUAUGAAAAUAAAAUGGCUGAACAUGAUGAUGACAUAUUGCCCGUAACUGGACGCAGCGCUAUGAAAUGCAAACAAUGCUUGUGGCCCAAAUCUGAGGAUGGGACGGUUGUUGUGCCCUAUAAUUUUUCUUCUAAGUACAGUGAUUCGGAACUUAACUUGUUUCAAAGUUCUAUGCAGGACUAUGAAACACUUACCUGUGUGAGGUUUGUGCCUCGUACAACAGAGAAAGACUUCCUCAACAUUAAAUCUUCAAAGGGGUGUGUAGCCUAUGUAGGACGAAUAGGUGGAGGUCAGAUGGUUGGAUUAGACUCAGCUGGUUGCAUGUUCAGAGGAAUUAUACAACAUGAGCUAAACCAUGCCCUGGGCUUCUACCACGAACAUACGAGAAGUGACCGUGAUGACUAUGUCACCAUCAUGUACCAGUAUAUCCCACCAGCUAAACUUGAAUUUUUCAAAAAAUUAGACACCAAUAAUCUUGGUCUAGCGUACGACUAUGGAUCAGUGAUGCAUGUUGGCAAAAAUGUCUUCAGUAACACUCCAGGAAAACUCACCAUUGUGCCCAAACCUGACCCAAAUGUUACAAUUGGACAAAGAGAUGGAUUGAGCCCUCUAGAUGUGGCUAAGAUUAACCGUUUGUAUCAGUGUGAUGUCUGUGCAAAUUUACUUAAUAAUAAAAAUGGAAGCCUGACCUCAGCCAACUACCCAUCAGCCUACCCGAAUAAUGUCAACUGUGUCUGGCUCAUAAGAACACCAUCACAACAGGUUACAUUGAACUUUGAGGCCUUUGAUGUCCAGUCAUCUCCGGAUUGUAUGUCAGAUUAUAUUAAGAUCUAUGAUGGUCCCACAAAGAAUUAUCCUCUGUUAUUGGACAGAACCUGCGGGACUGGGUUGAUUCCUCCAAUAAUCGCAUCUACUAGACAAUUAUUGGUUGAGUUUUCCAGUGAUAGCAGUGUUACUGGGGUUGGUUUCAAAGCUUUAUAUGGCUCAGUGAAGUGCGGAGGAACAUUUUAUAUUCCCAAAGGAACUUUUCAAUCCCCUGGGUAUCCCAAUGCCUAUGGUCCAAACUUGCGCUGCAUCUUUACAAUCACAGCUCCGGUUGACAAAAAAAUUUCCGUGACUAUUAGUGGUUUUCAAACAGAGAGCGGCACUUACUGCACACAUGACUAUUUAUCCAUGGCGGAUGGGACCUCCAGAUGGGGUCCAUUCUGUGGUGACCGUACAAUACCUGUCAUUAAAUCCGAAACCAACUCCUUAACUCUGACCUUUGUGAGUGACGCUACAGUUCAGAGGAGAGGAUUCCAGGCAUCGUAUAUAUUUACAUAACUGGAGAUGACUGCACUGGAAUGCAUUUUAACUCUCACAGUUCAUUCAAUUGACUUUUCCAUCUCUGAAGAUAAUAAAUCUGGGUCGUCUUCCAAACUUCCAUUUACUUUAUCACAUUAUAGCAAAUGAUAUGGAAAUGAAGAAUAAGUAUUAUAAAGUAGCUUUUUAUAGAAAAAGAUUAUAAAAAAAAAAAAUAAAAAGUUAUUUUUUAUAUUGUCAUUUGUAGUAGUGUUUUACAUUUAUCUAAAAUGCAUAAUAUGUACAGUAUAUCAUGAUGUGUGUGAUACUUGUUAUAUAAAUCAAGUAAAGGCUGUUAAAUUGUUUAAUCAGAUUUAACUUUUAGGGCAUUCAAUGUCCCAAGUCCUUUGCAUGAGUACAUCAGAUGUUUUCCACAAGUGAUCCCCCUGAGGAAGCAUUAGGUGAAAUGUGCAUAAGGGCUGUUGACGAUUUUGUCUUAUCUGCUGACAGUGGACUUUUCACUACUUUAUUCAAAUUGCGGAUUCACAUUUGGUUACUAAACAUUUUUGGACACUUCUGACAUGAUUUUGGUUUCGUAUCGUUGUCCGUUUAGCAGCAGAUGUCUAUAAAAUGCCGCUUUUUUUAUCCCCAUUCUUUUUAUGUUUUUUCAAUAUCACAGAAAGUUUUUUUUGUAAGCAUAUACUAAUAUUGAUUGUCAGGACUUGAUUAAUGCAGUAUUAUUUUUAUAUGUAGCCUUUUA